UUGUUGCUUAUUACUCAUUCGAAUUAAGUAGCUCAUGUCAGACGGACGUUGUCUUUAAUGCGAUCUGGCUUAUAAGACAAUAUGGCUUAUAAAAAAUGCUUGUUUAUUUUAUUGUUCAUAAACUCAGUGUUCCAAGCUAUUGAUGGACAAAAGAAAGAAGCAUUUUUUAGAGACGAUUACACGUAUUUUGAGGAAACGAACAGCUUUUACAAAAUACAUACGAUACCAAGGUCAUGGGUAAAUGCUAAGAAAAGGUGUCUACUCGAAGGCGCGACUCUUUUCUUUCCUGAACUGAGUCUGGAGGCCGAUGUGGCUCUUGGGCAUUUAAACGAUACACUGUCUACGUUACCUUCAAUAUACCUCGGGAUAGCGUCGGUUCUAACAAAAGGAGUAUUCAUUACAGUAAACGGAGACUCAUUGAGAGACGUGUACAAUUCUUGGGCUCCCGGCGAACCAAAUAACUACAACGACGAAGAAGACUGUGUGGUAAUGCGCAGAGAUGGGAAGUUGAUUGACGUGAAAUGUUCUGACAAACUUCCAUUUAUUUGCAAAAAAACUAAAAUAGAAGUAGAUAGGAAAUGGAAUGAAGCAUGCAAUAGUCCAUAUUUAGAUUACAAAUAUAACGAAGAUUUGGGCAGAUGUUAUAAGUUCCACUUGUUCCCACUGAGCUGGAAAGACGCCUUAGAGGCGUGUGACGCGGAGCAAGCAUACCUGGCCAUCAUAAACUCGCAGUUAGAGGCAGAACACCUGGUCAAUAUUACUGCUCUUGCGCCCAAAGAUAAAGUAAAAGGAGCUUACAUCCGUGGAGCCGUGCAUUUAGGAUUCAGCUACGACAAAACAAUAGAUGACUGGAAAACAGUUAUGGGUGAGACUUUAGAGCAAGCGGGGUACGCGUCCUGGGGCAACAACCAACCCGACGGUGGAGAGAACGAGAGGUGCGGUUCCAUGUUCUACAACGGUCAACUUAAUGACGUCAGCUGCACUACAGUCAGAUGUUUCUUUAUAUGUGAAAGAGAAAACAAACUGCUCGGCUUUUUGAAUGACAAAUUCGGGAAAGAUUGAUAUUGCCGCCGGAGUGGGAUUGCAUUUGUAGGCACAAUAAUUGUAAAUAAACCCUUAUUGUAAAUGUAUCGAAGUCUUAGCAAUAAUAAUGUAUCAAUUUGAGUUUGUUAAAUGCUAUGAAAUUCAUGUACUUGUACAAGAUGAUCAGAAUUUGUUGGUACCUCAUCUAUUAUAGAAUUACAUAUUGCAGCUCCGAGCUUCGCCGCUGUAGUAAUAAAUUAAAGUUAUAACUUAUUGAAAAUACACGAUUUAUUCUUUUAAUAAAUAUUACAUUAUUUAGGAAGAAAGUAAACGACACAAUGGCGUUCGCAUCUUCAUCUGUGUGUAAUGAAGAUGCGAGUUGAUUUUUUUUGUUGUUUUAUUGUGUCCUAAUGUUUCACUAGAAAAAAUUACAUUCCGUAAAAGGUAACCAGAAUCCGGAGGAAAGUUCCUUUACAGAGAGCUAUUACAUUUAAUAUUAUAACCUCUUUUCCGUGCAUUGCAAUGGGAAUUAAAUCCUGGACAAGACGCACACAGGUGUAGGAUAAUUUAUGAUUCUGCCUCGAAACUCGAAUAGCUUAGAGAAAAGAGAUGGAUACUCUCAGGAAUUAUUUAGAAGCGAUUAUACUUUUAUAUCGGAUACAAAUAGUUAUUACAAAAUUUCCACACU